CCCUGAUCUCGUCCCCAACUACCGGCGCCGUCGGCGGUGGCUUCUCCAGCGGGGCGCCUCGGAGUUUCCGACGCCGUCCACAUCACUGUCGAGCAUGUCCUCACCGGCGCCGGUUCCGGCCUCGCCGGGGUCCUCCUCUCAGAGAAAACGAGGUUCAACAGAAUCAAUUGGCUUGUAUGCAGUCCAGUGUUGUGAAUGUUAUAAAUGGCGUACGAUUCCAACAAAAGAUGAAUUUGAGACAAUUCGUGAGAACUUCACUGCUGAUCCAUGGUUCUGCAGUAAAAGACCUGACUGCACAUGCAAAGACCCUGCAGACAUUGAGUAUGACAGCAGCCGCAUCUGGGUUAUCGACAAGCCCAACAUACCAAAGCCUCCACCCAACACGGAGAGACUAGUGAUUAUGAGAGGUGAUCUCACUAAAACUGAUAUCUACUAUGUCCUGCCAAAUGGGAAGCGUGCAAAGGGCACAGGGGAUGUGCAGAAGUUUCUCGAUGCAAAUCCAGAGUACAAAGACAGCUUAUCUCUUGAAAGCUUCAGUUUCACAAUGCCCAAGAUUGUUGAGGAGACUGUUUCCAAUAGCUCUGCGUGGAAAACUAAAAAGACUAAAAAGCAGGACAAGGCAAAUGCUUCAAGCAGCAAGAACUAACUGCGACAGCAAAUACAAAACAGUUCCUGUGCCUGCUUGGAUGAUCCUACCUCAUCUACCUUGAAGGCAGUCAAGUUGGUUUUCUCUCUGCAAUGUUACUUCUUUUAGGAUCCGUGAAGUUACUCUGAGCACUAAAAUGCAGUGAAUCUGUUCCUGGUUAUGCAUCAACUUGGGGUAAAAUUCUGAGAUGCUUGAGAAGGGCUGUAGUUUUAUCUCAUAACUAGUUACAGAUAGAUGUUUGAGUUAUGAACCUGCGUGAUACAUUAUCUUCUAGGUUGUUUUUCAGUACAUGAGCAUGCAUGUUGAUCUCAUUAGAAAGCAGCCUAGCAGAUCAAUUACGGGUCAACUUAGAAAAAGAAAACCAUUGAAGGCUAUGCAAUGCAAAACAAAUUGCUUCUUUUGAA